CUGUUUACGACCUGGAAGGAACUCUCGAACAUGAGCAGCUCCAAAGCAUCUUUGCACUUGGCUCUGCUUGCCCUAUCUUUGACAACGUUUGCCGGGCAGACCGCAGAAGCCCGGCUACAUGUCGUUCCCAGAUCACAGAGGUCCGUCGUCAAGCCCUCCAAAGCCAUCCCUCGCACGCGGACUCCUGCUGCUCGCGCCGCGCCGCUUUUCCCUUCCUUGAGCAACUGCGCCCAGAAGCCAGACUCCACUGCCCUCCGCAUCCAUCUGGAAGCCAACCGAGAUACGCCUUCUUCAACCUGGUGCUUCAGCUUCUACACGGCCGCACCUGCGGCAGCAAAUGUGCCCUGCGGCGCGGCCACCUCCCUGGAGCGUCUUCACAUCUGGGCCUCCCACAGCAGUCGCAGCAACAUCUCCCGGAUGACCCUUCGCACCGAACUCAACGAGCGCGUCUUGCACGGCUCUUGGGUGAGCAAGGGCAGCCGAGAGAGUCCCUUUCGGGACGAACUGGUUUUCAGCAAGUUGAAAUGGACUACGGACUACAUUGAUUCAGUCAACCCUCGUAUUUGCCUCACACUGCGCGGUGGCGCCAGCCUAGAUGAGCUCUGCCAAGGGCCGCAAGUAGCCGCAUCUGAUCCUGUAGACAGUCGCCGGAACAGGAAGACAGACCGUGAAACUGGCCGUGAGGCCUCGGAACGACAUUCUAACGGACAUCCGUCGGCACCAGCUUCGCUCGAACGGCUUCCAGUGGCAGUUAAGAAAGGCGACCAGUUGCUGCCGUACGUGUGGGAUGGGCGACGCAUCACGGCCAUGAGCGAGGCGGCUCUGCAGGACUCGGAUGUGACGACUGGCCGCCUCCGCAACUGGCUCCUGGGCGUCCAGCGGCAGCUGAAGGAGGCCUUCCUACCCGACCCCCGGGACGUAACACCCGACUACUGGGAGUGGCUGAGAUGGAGGUUGACACAGCGCUUCUUCAGCAGCACCAUGCAGAACUUCUCCUUCUCAGCGCUGCUCAUGGCCACCGGGCUGGGGGCCAAGAAGGCUUUUGCCGCCUCCGCCGCCAUCAAUUGGCUGCUAAAAGACGGCGUGUCUCGUAUUGUACGGAUGAGCGUGUCCACGUCAUUCGGUCAAACUUUUGAUGCUGAUCUCAAGCGCAUGCGUUUCAUCACCUCUCUCAUCUUUACAGCCUGCAUGGCGGGGGAGUUCGCCACGCCCUUCUACCCGCAGCACUUUGUGGCGCUGGCGUCCAUCAGCAGCGUGGGCAGGGCAGUGGGUCUGUCUGCCUUCGUCGCCACCCAGCCCGCCUUCCAGGCCGCACUGGCUACCGGGGGCAACCUGGCGGACCUCACAUCCAAGAACCAGGCGCAGCACAUGGUGAUGGACAUGUUGGCUCUGGGGGUGUCCGCAGGUCUGACCUGGUUGUGCCGGGGUAUGCCCCGCGGAGGGCUGCUGCUGCCGGCCGUCAUGUACCCGCUGUGCGCUGCAGGCGACCUAACUUGCAUCUGGCACGAGCUCAAGGCGGUUCAGUUGCGGACACUCAAUCGGGAGAGGGCGGAGAUGUUGAUUGAGAGGUGGAUGAGGAGGGGGGCAGUGCCGGAUGCAGCGGAGAUUAGUGCGGCGGAAAAUUUGAUACUGCCUUCCGACGUGUGGCGAGGACUGCUGCCUCUGAGGAUAGGGCCCCUGGACCGAAUCGCGCCGGCCAACCCGGAGCAGCUCCGAAAACUGCUGAGGGAGUACGACGGCGAGGAAUAUGUGCUGCACGUCGCCGACCGGAGCGGUGCUGCUGCUGCAGGGCCGGCGGUGACAGCCGCCGCUUGCGGCGACGGGAGUGGCGACGGCCGGGGUGUUGGUGGAGGCUGGCGGAUGCCUGACUGGUUCCCUGCAGCACAUUUGCUGGGCAGCAGCAGCGGCGGCGGCGGCGGCGGCGGCGGCGGCGGAGGCGGUGGUGGUGGUGGUGGUGGUGCGGGGCAUCCCGAGCUGCUCGUCUCUUUGAGCGAUCGUGCUACUCCCAGCGACAUCGCCAAGGCCCUUCUGCAUGCGGCCUACCUGCGGAAGGCGGUUCUCGAACAUUGUGUGGACCAGCCGUCCGAGACCCACUACCACCAUCACAAACAGCUGCACCACCACAACCACAACCAGCACCAUAUCCACAACCACCACAGCCUACACAGCCUUCACAACCACAAUCACAACCACCAGCAACACAAACAAGAACAACACCAACAGCAACAUGCGUCCCUUGAGAGCUCAGCGCAACCGCCUUCCCAGCAGUGCCCCAAAAACCUCCUCCCGCUCCACCACCACCACCAUAACAACAACAACAACAACAACAACCACCUUGGCGACCGUCAUGAGCGUGAUCAGAACAUUGCGCUCCUCUCCUCAUCUGAUGUGGCCCCCGAGCGCGACUCGGGAAGCGACCGAACUGCCAUUAACCACUACAACCGCCAUAACAGUCGCAACGGAAACCACAGCGGAAUCCAGCAGCUGCUGUUACAGCGUCAGAAGCAGGCACACGAACGCUGCGCUGCAACGGGCGACGGUGGUGAGGGUGACGGCAGCGGUGUUGGUGGCGCCAGCGGCUGCAGCUCCGUCCUGGGUCACACCCACGACCACAUGCACUGGGACACCCGCCACCACAUGCCUUACCACCACACCCACUAUCACACCCAUACAAUCCAACCAGCCCACCCCCACCCAUCCGCGCACGCGCACGCACACGGGGAGCCCAGCACAGGCAACGGCAGCGGGUACGUCGCGCGCACGGCCAGCCUCAGCAUAAGCCAAGGCCACGGCGGUGGCAAUGGGAAUAGCAAUACCAGUGGGGCCUUACACGGAAAUAGCAGUGGGGGGCAAGUCGGCGGCGGCGGCGCUUGCUGUACGGCUACGCCGGGGCCUGGGGAGGGCGGGCCCCGUCACGACCACCAUCCGUUUGAUCCAUGUCGCGGCAAUAGCAGCAGCAGUUGUAGCAGCAUUAAUAAAGGCAGCUGUAGAAGCGACGCUGGGGCCUGUGGCGGGGCCGCUCCGAAACCACGGUGGAACAUGAUGGACGCGGGGGUGUGGUCGGCACUUAUUCAAUCCAGUCGUCGAGAAGCGGACCGGAAUCUGCCUCGAUUGCUGCGGGAAGCGGAACAGGCGGGCUGGAAGCUCAAGCCCUUCAUGCUCAACACCACAGAACGAGUCCAGUUCGUCAGGUUGUGA